UGUCGCUGCGGACUGUUUCAGCACCUCGCUGAGCAGACAGCUCCCAUUUACGCUCCAUCUGCAACGCUUCUGCUCCUGUUCUUCGAGUGUUCCCCCAUCCCGUGGCGUCGAUUUCGUUUCAGAGCAUCCUAUUAUUCGUUUUCUGUAGUUUUCCAGAACUCCAAACGGAGACGUUUAUCUUCAAAGCAAUAUAUAUAUUUUUUUUUUUUUUUUUUUUAAUAAUUACUAUUAUUAUUAAUAAAAUAAAUCACCUGGCGUCACCGGACUGAUCGUGCAAAAUCUACGGAAUAGCUUACAAAUAGAAGUUGUUGAAUCAACAUUGUGAGGCGACGGUGGUGGUAUCAAAGGCUAUAUGACUGCUUCUGCUAUAGGAUACAAAGCGUUUGACUAACAUCUAGAACAAAAUGGUUUAUCUGUGGUUCGGAAGUCCAUUUCGACGUCUGGACACCUAGUACAUUUGUGGACCAGAGACGGGAACUGCCAGUAGCUAAGUGAAUGCAGCAGGUUCCACUGUCAUAUCACCUUCUCGCGCUAUAGCGGGGAGCCGGGGACCACUUCACGAAUUAUGAGCGGAAGCCUCCUCCUGCGUGGAUUUUGAUUACCUCCAUCAAAGCCCGGCUCUCCAGGUACCAGCCGACGGAACCUUCUAUGAGGAUCGUGAUGGCCCACCUUCAGGCUGGCCUCAGUGCCGAAACCAUAGAGAAAGCCCGCCUAGAGCUGAACGAAAACCCAGACACGCUGCAUCAGGACAUCCAGCAGGUACGGGACAUGGUCAUAACCCGACCGGAUAUCGGGUUCCUGCGCACGGACGACGCCUUCAUCCUGAGGUUCCUCAGGGCCCGCAAGUUCAACCAGCUCGAGACAUUCAAACUUCUGGCCCAGUACUUCCAGUACCGCCAACAGAACCUGGAGAUGUUCCAGAACUUUAAGGCCGACGACCCCGGCAUGAAGCGCGCGCUCAUGGACGGGUUCCCCGGCAUCCUCGAAACGCCAGAUCAGUACGGGAGAAAGAUCCUCAUCCUCUUCGCUUCUAACUGGGACCAGAGUAGGAACUCCUUCUCGGACAUCCUGCGUGCAAUCCUCCUCUCUCUGGAGGUGCUCAUCGAGGACCCGGAGCUGCAGAUCAACGGCUUCAUCUUGAUCAUCGACUGGAGCGACUUCUCCUUCAAACAAGCCUCCAAGCUCACCCCCAGCAUCCUCAAGCUGGCCAUCGAGGGGCUGCAGGACAGCUUCCCAGCUCGAUUUGGCGGCAUCCAUUUUGUAAACCAGCCCUGGUACAUCCAUGCCUUGUACACUAUCAUUAAGCCUUUCCUCAAGGACAAGACCAGGAAAAGGAUUUUUCUCCAUGGCAACAACCUCAACAGUCUGCACCAGCUGAUUUACCCAGAAUGCCUGCCGUCGGAGUUUGGCGGAACCCUGCCGCCGUACGACAUGGGGACGUGGGCGCGGGCGCUGCUGGGCCCGGACUACAGCGACGAGACGGAGUACACGCACACAUACGACGCCCUGCACGUGAAGGAGGCCCUGGGCCGGCCCGACCGGGACAGCGAAGACAACCCAAUGAGGAGGUCUCAGUCAGCAGUGGAGCCAGGCACUCUGAAGCACAGAGAGAGAGAGGACGAGACGGCACAGCCUCUACUGGCCCUGGACUGAGAGGAGAGGAGGAGAGAGGAGGAGAGGAGAGGAGAGGAGGAGGGGAGAGGAAAGGAGAGGAGAUGAGUGGAGAGGAGAGGAGCAGCAAGACCAGAAAAGAGAGCUGGUUAGAGAGGAGGAGAAGGAGGAAGGGGAGGAGGAACUACUUCACACGCUCCAGUUUACAGGUAUAAGUCUCACCCGGGCCCCAUCCUCUCAGUGAGUUCCGCCUGCUUCCAGGCUGUCUGUUUUCCUCCAAGCCUCUCUGACACAAACGAGGCAGCGAGAAAUCUGACACAGAGACUUUAAAAUUUCAACGAUUGGCUGUGUGCUAAAAAAAGACACUUAUUUUGUCUGUUCAAAGCGAAAUGUGAAUGUAUCACGUAAUUGGAGCCUCAACUACUGUGACCUCAUCCAAACUGAAAUGUACAAUGGAAUGUACGCGAUGAACAAGACAUAACAACGAACACAGAACUGUGUACAUAAAAGUGUGUAAACAGGGUCAUUCAGUCAAAGGACGCUGCAAGAGGAAGUGAUGGGGGAGGGGACAGAUGUAGGUAGCCUUUCUGAUAUGUGUGUGGCAAUGUAAACUGGUAUUGUUAAAAAGUAUUUUUAUUUAACACGGUAAAUCCGAUUAAGGUUGUUCAAACAAUAUAUCAUCGCGUUGCGGCAGCUGCCAAGGUGUUUUGCCGUCUGGUCGUUCCAUUUAUGUGUUAAAAUGUGCAGAUGUGAGAUUAUAAGCGCUACAGACUACAUAAGACUGGUAAACAAAACAGGCAAAAGAAACCUGAGAGGAGACUUCCCAAACUGUGGCUGCAGCUUCUUACUGACGCACAGCAUUGUUCCUGAAGGGCCCCAUGUGUCUUCAGGUAUUAGACCUUAAUAAAGAAGAAAAUUAAGGCUGUAAAAAAAGUUUCUUUUUUUUUUUUUUUUUGGUUGUUGAAUGUAAAAAAAUUAUUUGUGCAAUUUGACUGAUAAAUAAAAGAGAUUAAAUAUUUAAAAUACCGAGGGAAAAAUGACAUUAUAAUCAGAAAUGCUUUUUUUCGGUUUAGUGUUUCAUAUGACUGUGUAUGCAUGAGUGUGUGUUUCUUUAUUUUUCCUCUCUCUCUUUCUUGCUUGCUCUCUCUCUCUCUCUCUCUCUCUCUCUCUCUCGUGUAAGCAGCUGUGAGUCACCAUUUCACGAAGCGCAGUAUCUCCAGGAAAACCCACGUAAGCACUCUGGAGACUGUGACAUAAAGCUAUGAGAUAAGCACAGAGUGAUAGAUUUAAAAAGAAGUAGAUAACACUCAUAUUUGGAUACAAUAUUAAGUCUGAAGACUUAUAUGACUAUUAUGGCAUGAAAAUGCUGGCAAAUCCAAUUUAGGC